AUGUUUUCCGGCAAAGAGAUAAGAAUUAUCACGUUACUGACCAUCGACACCACUUUCUUUUUUCUGGAACUUAUUAUAGGUUAUAUGUCUCAUUCUUUAGCUUUGAUUGCAGAUUCUUUCCACAUGUUGAAUGACAUAUUCUCCCUACUCGUGGCCUUGUGGGCUGUUAAUGUUGCCAAAAAUCGUGAUCCUGAUGCUAAAUAUACAUACGGUUGGAAAAGGGCAGAAAUUUUAGGUGCUUUAAUUAAUGCUGUGUUCCUUAUUGCUCUAUGCUUCUCUAUUUUAAUCGAAGCUUUACAAAGACUGAUUGAACCACAGAUCAUUGAAAACCCGAAAUUAGUACUUUAUGUUGGGUUUGCAGGUUUAAUUUCCAAUUUCGUAGGGCUGUUCCUAUUCCACGAUCACGGUCAUGGUCAUAGUCACGACCACGGCCAUAGCCAUUCUCAUGCAUCUUUAGAAGAUGUCGAAUCCCAUUCUCAUUCCCAUUCUCCAGUUUAUACUGGCAGUUCAGAUGAGCAACGUGAAACAUCUGAAGAUAAUGGCAUUAGUGGUGCCACCGUAAAUGAAAUGUUACCUGAUAAUGUCGUUGAUAGAAUAGCCAAUGAAAAUAGUACAUUGCUCAACAAUCACUGUCAUGAUACUCAAACUAAUACAAAGAAGAAACAUAGAUCUUUAAAUAUGCACGGUGUCUUUUUACACGUUAUGGGUGACGCACUAGGCAAUGUGGGCGUCAUUGUUGCUGCAUUGUUCAUUUGGAAAACCGACUAUUAUUGGAAGUAUUAUACUGAUCCCUUGGUUUCUUUGUUCAUUACAAUUAUUAUUUUUUCUUCAGCCAUCCCAUUAUCAAGGAAAGCUUCAAAAAUUUUAUUACAAGCCACUCCAUCCACUAUUUCCGCUGAUGAUGUCCAAAGGGAUAUCUUGGCAAUUCCAGGUGUACUUGCAAUUCAUGAUUUCCAUAUUUGGAAUUUGACCGAAUCCAUUUUCAUUGCUUCCAUUCAUGUCCAAAUUGAUUGCGAACCUGACAAAUAUUUGGAAUUGGCUAAACUUAUUAGAAAUAUCUUCCAUCAGCAUGGUAUACAUUCAGCUACUGUUCAACCUGAAUUUGUCUCUGAGAAUAUUGAUCCUGACAUGCGUAACAGGUUUUCUAGGAUAGCAGGUGGUAGUAAUAAUCAUGACGAUUACACCUCUUUCACAAAUUCAUCCGGGACUGAUGUCAAGGACAGUGGUAGACCAUCUGCAUAUGGCGCAACAACUCCUGGAACUGGCUGUGUUAUUGAUGAAGCUGUGAAUUGUAACCCUCAAAACUGUUUGUAA